AUGAGGGCUGGUGUUGAUGUCUUUGCUCUUGACUAUGAUGCUAUUAUUGCUGCCAUGUAUGCAUUGACUGUUAGUGCCGAGGGAGACUGUUACUUGUGUGUGCCGCCUGACCCAGGUAUAGAGCCCGCUGCCCUGGGUACUAGUGAGUCUGCUCUCUCUGGUAUGGUGCCCCGUGUACUUGCUCCCUCCAGUGCUGUCCCGACUGGUUUCGAGUCUGCUCUCUCAGGUACAGCACCCACAGAGACUGCUCUCUCAGGUACCGCACCGGCUGAGGCCUGUCACACCUUCACCCUUGACUCAGGUGCUUCCCGUUGCUUCUUUCGUGACAGUACUGAGCUCACACCGCUUCCUGCACCGGUCCCAGUCUCCUUGGCUGACCCCUCUGGGGGCCCAGUCCUUGCCCAGUCCACCACUGUCCUCCCUUGUCCGGCGGUUCCGUCUGGCUCGUUGUCGGGUUUCCACCUCCCCUCGUUCUCGACGAACCUGGUGAGCAACGCUGUCCUCCAGGAUCAGUGGGUUGACACCUUUACCCCUGGCGGACAGCGUGUGGCGAUCUGCACGUGCUCCAGGACUGGCCGUCACCUGGCUACGUUCACCCGUCGGCCGGGGUCGAGUCUCUACACACUGACCACUGCGUCUCCCCAGGUAGCUGCUGUCGGUCAGGUGUCUGCGUCAGGUCUGGUGGCCCACGCCUGUGAGUGUCGUUCCCUGUCGCACCAGACUCUUCUCUGGCACCACCGCCUGGGUCACCCCUCCUUGCCACGCCUUCGUGGCAUGCACCGUCGCCUCCUUGUGUCCGGUCUUCCCAGGUCCCUCCCUCCCCUCCCUGCCUCGCCUGCGCCGCCCUGCCUUCCUUGCGUCGAGGGGCGGCAGCGCGCCGCUCCUCACUCCUCCUCGUUCCCCCCGACAGAGGCUCCUCUGGAGACCCUCCACCUGGACGUGUGGGGCCCAGCCCGCGUUCGUGGUCAGGGCGGUGAGCGGUAUUUUUUGCUGGUUGUCGACGACUACUCGCGUUACACCACGGUCUUCCCCUUGCGCACCAAGGGUGAGGUCCCUGCUGUUCUGAUCCCUUGGAUCCGCACGGUUCGUCUCCAGCUCCGCCGCCGUUUCCGGACGGAUCUCCCUGUCCUGCGUCUGCACUCUGACAGAGGUGGUGAGUUUUCCUCCGAUCUCUUGAGGACCUUCUGUCAGGCGGAGGGCAUCGAGCAGACCUUCACGCUUCCGGACUCCCCACAGCAGAAUGGGGUUGCUGAGCGCCGCAUUGGCCUGGUCAUGGAGGUCGCUCGUACCUCCUUGGUCCACGCGGCGGCUCCCCAUUUUCUGUGGCCGUUUGCUGUCCGGUACGCCGCGCAUCAGCUCAACCUCUGGCCCCGUGUCUCCUUGCCGGAGACGUCGCCCACACUGCGUUGGACGGGGGAGGUUGGCGAUGCGUCGCGCUUCCGGGUGUGGGGUGCUCGUGCCCUUGUCCGCGAUACGUCCGCGGACAAGCUCUCCUCCCGCACGCUUCCCUGUGUCUUCCUUGGCUUUGUCCCUGACGCGCCUGGCUGGCAGUUUUACCACCCCACCUCGCGCCGGGUCUUCGCCUCUCAGGAUGUCACCUUUGACGAGUCGGUCCCUUUUUACCGUCUCUUCCCCUACCGCACUGCCCCCCUCCCUCCCCCGCCGCUUUUCCUUGCUCCUGGUCCCCCUCCGGUAGACCCCCUUCCCCCUCAGGGUCCUGCUCCUUCAGGUGUCUCUCAGGUAGACCCUCCUCCCGUCGCUGAGCCUGUCGAGGUCACAGGUGACUCAGGUGCUGCUGCGGGUGGUGCUGCUGGGAGUGCUGAGCCUGGGGGUGCUGAGCCUGGGGGUGCUGAGCCUGGGGGUGCUGGGCCUGGGAGUGCUGGGACUGCAGGUGCUGGAGCUGAGGGUACUGUGCCUGAGAGUUUGCCGCCUGGGGGUGCUGAGCCUGGGGGUGCUGCGACUGGGGGUGCUGAGCCUGCGGGUACUGAGCCUGCGGGUACUGAGCCUGGGGGUGCUGCUACUGAGCCUACGGAGCCUCGGGUUACUGCGUCUGGGGGUGCUCCGGUUCGGGGUGCUGAGCAGUCUCUCACACCGCAGCAGCUUCGUGACUGGUACGUCCGACGCUUUCGCCGUCCUAGUGGCUCGGCUGGAGUUGGGGGUGCUGGAGCUGCUCGUCCUGGGGGUGCUCGUACUGGGGGUACUGGAGCUGCCGGGACUGGCUGUUCUGGGAGCACUGCGACUGGAGCUGCUGGAGCUGGGGACUCUGGCGCUGGCGGUGCUAGCGGAGUUGGAGCUGCCGACUCUGGGGGUGGCGCGGCUGCUGGUGCUGCGGACCCACCUGGUGGAGCUGCUACAGGUGCUGGGGACCCGGCCGGUGGAGCUGCUGCUGGUGCUGUGGACCCGGACGCUGGAGCUCCUACUGGUGCUGAGGACCCGGCCGCUGGAGUCCCUUCUGCUUCUGGAGACGCUGCGCGGCCGCGACCGUACUUCGUACCGCUCCUUCAGCAGGUUCUUGGGCAGGCUCCUCCUCCUUGUCCUCCUCCCUCCGUAGAGUGUCCUCCGCCUGUCCAGCCGCAGUCACAGUUACCGCCUGCCUCGCCUCUCCCUGCUCCCUCUCCUUAUACUGGUCCCACAGGAGGUCUUACAGAGCGUCGUGAGCCUGAGUCUCGUCCUGCGUCGCCUGUUCGUCCUGCUCGCACUGCUAGUCGUGUCCGUCGUGAGCGUCCUCCUCCUGUCCCAGGCACUCACUACAUGACUCUGCGUCCCUCUACUGCUCCUCGGCGUGUCCCUCUACCGUCUCCUCCUGCGUCCUCUUUGCCUGACGUUCCGGACCCUGAGUCUGACCGGUAUCGCGCUGAGCACCCUACAGUCACGCGUCUCCUCGCUACUGUUGUCACUGACCCUACCUUUGAGUCCUCGGCUGCGUCUGCUCUGGUCGCUGAGUUGGUUGACUUUGCUGCUGCCUGUCGUCUAGACUACGCCGCUAGCCUUGUUGCUGAGUCAGAGUCUGCGUCUGUCUGUCCUCCGUCCGUCUGGGGUGAGUGUGCUCUUGGCACGGACGUCCUUGAGGACAGGCAGGAGGACUUUGACUCUCUUGCGGCUGCUGUACCUCAUCUCGUGGCCUGGUUGCUUGCCCCUGAGGGAGACCCGGAUGCACUAGACAUCCCCACUCCGCGCACUUACGCAGAGGCGAUCUCGGGUCCCUACUCCUCUCAGUGGCAGACAGCCAUGGACGCAGAGAUGGCAUCCUGGAAGUCCACAGGCACCUACGUCGACGAGGUUCCCCCUCCUGGGGCGAACAUCGUCGAUGGCAUGUGGAUUUUCAGGGUGAAGCGGCCGCCAGGUUCUCCGCUUGUCUUCAAGGCUCGUUACGUUGCUAGAGGCUUCAGUCAGCGUCAGGGGGUCGACUUCUUCCAGACCUUCUCCCCCACCCCGAAGAUGACCACUCUUCGGGUUCUGCUGCACGUUGCUGCUCAGCGUGACUACGAGCUUCACUCUCUUGACUUCAGCACAGCGUUCCUGCAGGGCAGCCUGCACGAGGAGAUCUGGCUGCGCCGACCACCUGGCUUUACUGGGUCGUUUCCCCCUGGUACCCAGUGGAGUCUCCGCCGGCCAGUCUACGGUCUCCGCCAGGCGCCACGUGAGUGGCACGACACACUGAGGACUACUCUUGCGGCUCUUGGGUUCGCGCCGUCUACUGCUGACCCGUCGCUGUUUCUGCGCACAGACACGUCGCUGCCGCCGUUCUACAUUCUCGUGUACGUCGACGACUUGGUCUUUGCUACUGCUGACACUGAGGCACUCGCUCGUGUGAAGUCGGAGCUGCAGAAGAGACACACCUGCACUGACCUGGGUGAACUGCGUAGCUACCUUGGCUUGUAG